GCUGGCGGAGCGCGGGCGAGUGUGAGCGCGGGCGAGUGUGAGCGCGCGGGUGCGCACGCCGCGGGAGCCGCUGCCCUCGCCCGCCUAGCACCCCGCUCAGGGCAUCUGCGGAGCCUGGAGACCGGGACACGCUUGAAGUAUGGCAUGUGGUUGCAGAGAUGAUUUCUGCCAAGAAGGUGCCCACGAUCGUCGCGUGCUGCGGGCUCAGUUUCGCCCUCCUGCACUUCUUGUGCUUGGCGGCUUGUUUAAACGAAUCCCCAGGACAGAACCCAAAGGAGGAGGAGAAAUUAUGCCCGGAAAAUUUUACCCGCAUCUUGGACAGUUUACUCGAUGGUUAUGACAACAGGCUGCGUCCUGGAUUUGGGGGUCCUGUAACAGAAGUGAAAACUGACAUAUAUGUCACCAGCUUUGGACCCGUUUCUGAUGUUGAAAUGGAAUAUACAAUGGAUGUGUUCUUCAGACAGACAUGGAUUGACAAAAGACUAAAAUAUGAUGGCCCCAUUGAAAUAUUGAGAUUAAACAAUAUGAUGGUUACAAAAGUAUGGACUCCAGACACUUUCUUUAGGAAUGGAAAGAAAUCUGUUUCUCAUAAUAUGACAGCUCCAAAUAAACUUUUCCGAAUUAUGAGGAAUGGUACCAUUUUGUACACAAUGAGACUCACCAUAAGUGCGGAGUGCCCCAUGAGAUUGGUGGAUUUUCCCAUGGAUGGACAUGCUUGCCCUUUGAAAUUUGGGAGUUAUGCAUAUCCGAAGAGUGAGAUGAUUUAUACUUGGACAAAGGGUCCUGAGAAAUCAGUAGAAGUUCCAAAAGAGUCUUCCAGCUUAGUCCAAUAUGACUUGAUUGGACAAACGGUAUCAAGUGAAACUAUCAAAUCCAUUACUGGUGAAUAUAUUGUCAUGACAGUUUACUUUCACCUCAGACGGAAGAUGGGUUAUUUCAUGAUUCAGACGUACAUCCCUUGCAUUAUGACAGUGAUUCUUUCUCAAGUUUCAUUCUGGAUAAAUAAGGAAUCAGUUCCAGCUAGAACUGUGUUUGGGAUAACUACGGUCCUCACCAUGACCACUCUGAGCAUCAGUGCACGACAUUCUUUGCCCAAAGUGUCCUAUGCCACUGCCAUGGAUUGGUUCAUAGCUGUGUGCUUUGCUUUUGUAUUUUCGGCCCUUAUUGAGUUUGCUGCUGUCAACUAUUUCACCAACAUUCAAAUGGAAAAAGCCAAAAAGAAGGCAUCGAAACCUCUCCAGGAAAUCCCAGACGUUCCAGCGACGAGAGAAAAGCAUCCUGAAGCAAUACUGCAGAACGCGAAUGCCAAUCUAAACAUGAGAAAAAGGACCAAUGCUGUGGUUCACUCAGAAUCUGAGGCUGGCAGCAGAACUGAGGUGGAAAACCAUUCCAGCAAAGCUUCUGUGCUUGUUCAAGGAUCUUCUGGAGUCACACAGCAGUCUUCCUUAGCUUCAAGUCCAAACCCAUUCAGUCGUGCAAAUGCAGAUGAAACUAUAUCUGCUGCAAGAGAACUUCCAUCUGCUCUUUCUUCUUCUCCUGGUAGAACUGGGUCUAUACCCCAACAAACUUCAGUCAGAUCUGCUUCUUCACACCAUGUGUUUGGAUCAAAACUGGAGCGAAUUAAGACCACAGUUAAUACCAUAGGGGCUUCUGGGAAGUUAUCUGCAAACACUCCUCCCCCUGCUCCACCACCUUCAGGAUCUGGCACAAGUAAAAUAGACAAAUAUGCCCGCAUUCUAUUUCCAGUAACAUUUGGGGCAUUCAAUAUGGUCUAUUGGGUUGUUUACUUAUCCAAGGACACUAUGGAGAAAUCAGAAAGUCUUAUGUAAUUUUGCUGCUGUAGUACUUUCCUAAUAGAUUAAUGCAGAAUGUCUUUUUAAAUGUUUUUAACGACAAAUAAUUACGCUUUACUAAAAUAAAAAUUCUAUGGGAUUUCGCACUUUAAAAAAUUCAGGAGAGUUGCUGGGAAAGCUAAUUAAUUGCUUAGUGACAAGAAUGUGAGUCAUCUUUCAUAUAAGAAAGGCGAUUUAAAUAGAAUCAAUUCAGCUUUCAAAUGAGACGGAACACAGACCAUCCUGAAAAGUUGGGACAAGAGAAAUAAGGCUGCUACAUGUACACAGUGCAUAUUUAUGCAUUGAAAUUUGAAAACAGACGAUGACAUUUUCAAUAUAUACUAUGAAUAUCAACAAAUCAUCCUAAAUUUCCCAGUGGUACUGCCCUUAAUCAGAAUUGUUUAUUGGAUAUCAUAAGUGGUGAGCUUCUUAGAAAUACAAGAAAUAAAAAGAAUGAAAUAUUUUUAAAAGGAAAAUGUAACAAAGCACAUACUGAGCAAUAGAGACCUUUGCUGUGUUGAAGAAAAGUAAAAUAUGUCCGUAAUUAUGUGAUUGCAAAUAGGACUUAACCGUUGACUUAAAAAAAAUUGUGCUCUUAGCCAAAGUUUAACUAAUAUGAAUUAUUUCUGAUAGUAGUUCACUCAGUCAGUUAUAUAUUUUCCACAGAUAAUUAUCCAUAGAUUACCAUCUCCUAAGCAUUAUGACAGAUAUUGUCUUUCUAGGAAAGCUUUCACCUAUAUCUACAGUAGUACUUAAACAGUAGAACAGUCAGUGCAUGUUAAUGAACUAUAGACUAGCUGGGAAUAUUGCAUUCUUUACUGGAGGAAAUCUAUCUAGAAUCUGACAACAUAUUCAAGGUAUUUGUUUCUCCUAUAUUGAUAGAGUAUAUUGUGAACAAGAUAUCGUUCACAUAAUUACUUUUGAGAUAAGAAAAUGGGAGUACAACUUCAGUAAUCAACUCUCAAAAUAUAAUGAAAAUGUAGUACAGAUUGUUCUGUAAAUGAAAAGCACAGGAUACCUGAAAGUAAAAAUCUGGGCACUGCAAGACCUGAUAGAUUAGCUGUCUCAAAUUUGAUCAAAAUCACAGAACAGAAUUAGAAUCACAGAAUCAUUACUUACUCACACAAUAGCUUUUAGAUGCUUUCUUUAACAUAAAUCUUUAAUGGUUGUUGAAAUGCUAACAUGAGGGAAUUUUUGUGUCUAUAGUUCUGCAUUUUUUUCUGGGCAGUUUUGUGAUUAUUUUAUUUUAUUUUUUGGCUAGCUUGUGUAAAGCUUCAUAACUAAGGUGAGUAUUUUAAAAUUAAAGAAACAAAAGAAUGAGCAGAAAAAAAUCAUAGCCAUGGGAUAGGAUACUGCUGAGUCUGUUAUGUAACUUGUUAGGAUUUUUAUGUAUUGAUUUUCCUUUUUUUUAUUAGGUAGGCAUAACAACUUAAUUGAAUUUCUUGCAGGUGUCUUACACUGUUAAAUCUGUCUAUUUUUGUGUUGUGUUGCUUCCAGAUUUUCCUUCGAAUUACUUCCUGAAUUAGAUUGUGAGAAUGAAGUAUUUUGAAUGUUAAGGGGGGGGUAUUUUGAUAAAAAUGACCACCAUGAAAAAAGAUAACUUUAUUUUUUAGGAAAGAAAUGAUACUAAAUUGGCAUUGGGUUUUCAGUUGUUGCAUUGCCUUGAAAUGGUUGAAUAUGAGACCUGUAAAAUGUGCAAAUGCCAAAUAUUGAUUGUGAGUCACAUCUGAGAAAUCUUUCUUUGCUGUCUAAAUAUUUCCUAGACUCAUCAAAAAUUGUAAGGAUGAAAUACGAAUGAGAAAUCAUCCAGUUCAAACCCUCACUUACAAAUUAAGGCCAGUAAUAAUACGCCAAAUAAAAUUUGUAUAUGUGUGCAUAUUUAAUAAAGAUUACUUGUACAAAAAACUUAUAAUAAAUUAUUUCAUGAAUGUAAACAGA